AAUAUAGAAGUCAUAGAGAAAAAGAAUUUCAAUUCAAUUUGAAGUGUCUAUUUGAGAACUUCAGUUGGGAGUUUACUGGUGGAGAGAUGGCAAGAAUAACAUUGGAAGCAUCCAGGAAAAUGAGGGAAGUUAUGAUGAGCAGAGGACAUUAUGAGGGCGAAAAAAGCCGACUUUUAGCGAAGUUCUACAUUUUUUCAACAGUCAUCUAUAUUUUCGACACAAUCUUGGAUAUUUUCAAUCUGGAAUCUGGACAAUUCGAGGAGAAGAUAUUCCGAUUUAAAAAUAUCAACAUGCUUCUCUGUGGAUUAGCCUAUCCACUUGUUGAUACGGAUACUUACAGGCUGCUAUACUCCAUAGAGCAACAAGGCCGAUUUGAUUCAUCAGAAAAAUCGUCUCGCGCCAUGAAAAACCUUCAAGAGAAACUAGACAAAGAACUAGAUCAAAUCAACAAGCUCACCUACUUUGUUAUAGUUUUCAUAAUGGGAACUUUGUCUAUUGCACCUCUCAUGGCGGCCAUUUUGAAAAUCUACCCCAAACUGCUAACAGGCUCUGGCGAGUCAAUUGAUGUCACAAAACUGUCACUGCCUAUCAGCUUGUGGUACCCCCAGGAAUACGCCAACAUAUACACCUAUAUCCUGCUGUAUACUUUACAGAUAUUCUAUAUUUAUCUGUUUUCGGGGUACAUGUACUGUGUACUAACAUCAGGGUUCAUGGCACUCAAAAUUACAAUUUACAAUUUGAAAUAUCUGUGCCUCUCCGUUGAGGAGGGUCGAAAUCGACUUGAAGAGAUGUCAAGAGAAAAUUCGAGUUUUGAAGACCAAUGUUACUUGGAGAAUAAACUGGGCUUGGAAGAGUAUAUUGUGAACAUUAUUAAACUCCAUCAUAUGAUUUGUAGGAGCACUGACAACUUAAACAGGGAUCUGAAAAAGAUGUACACCGUUUGGAAUAACACGAUUUGCUUUCAAAUUUGUGUAUGUUUGUAUUCUUCAGUAAAGAUGGAAGAUCUGGUUUUGAAGGUGGAGCACAUACUUCUUGUCGUACCAUUGGCAUAUAUUCUAUUGUUGUAUUGCUCCAAUGCUCAAGAGCUCUUAAAUGAGGGAGAAAAUUUCCGAACCACAGUGUGGGGAAGCUUCUUCGUGGACAAGCCGAAAUGGUACAAAUCAUCAAUGUUGAUCAUGAUGAUUCGCUCAACAAAAGAAUUGGAAAUCAAACCUUUCGGAUUCUACGUCCUCAACCUGAAAACAUUUUCUAUGGUGAUGAAGGCGGCAUAUUCCUAUUUCAACAUGCUUAAUUCAUUGAGGAAACGAAUUUGAAACCACAACAUAUUAUGUAUGGAAUUGAAUUUUUAUUCCUCAUUCGCUAUACUCAUCUUUUCCUUGUAGAGUUUAUCAAGAUUUUAGCUUUCCUCAUUGUCUUCAUCCUCUUCAAUUUUCUCUCCAUAAAAAUAUAAUCUG